AUGGCCGGUGCCAAUGACCCUCCCGGCAUAUCUCUGCGAGAAGCCACCCAGCGAAAGUUGCGGAAGUUUUCGGAGCUGAGAGGCAAACCUGUGGCAGCUGGCGAGUUCUGGGACAUUGUUGCAAUAACAGCAGCUGAUGAAAAACAAGAACUUGCUUAUAAGCAACAGCUGUCAGAAAAGCUGAAAAAAAAGGAGUUACCCCUCGGAGUUCAAUAUCAUGUUUUUGUUGAUCCCGCUGGAGCCAAAAUUGGUAAUGGAGGAUCAACAUUUUGUGCUCUUCAAUACUUGGAAAAGCUAUAUGGAGAUAAAUGGAAUUCUUUUACCAUCCUAUUAAUUCACUCUGGUGGCUACAGUCAACGCCUUCCAAAUGCAAGUGCCCUGGGGAAAAUUUUCACUGCUUUACCUUUUGGUAACCCUAUUUAUCAGAUGUUAGAAUUAAAACUAGCCAUGUACAUUGAUUUCCCCUCACAUAUGAAUCCUGGGAUUCUGGUUACCUGUGCAGAUGAUAUUGAACUUUAUAGUAUCGGAGAAUCUGAGUUUAUCAGAUUUGACAAGCCUGGCUUUACUGCGUUAGCUCAUCCUUCUAGCUUGACUGUAGGUACCACACAUGGAGUAUUUGUCUUAGAACCCUCCAAUUGUUUAGAAUACAGAGACCUCGAAUAUCGGUGUUGCCAUCGUUUCCUUCAUAAGCCCAGCGUAGAAAGCAUGUGUCUGUGUAAUGCUGUGUGUAGAUCUGGAAAUUUUUCUCAGCAGGACUUAUCUGGGGGUGACAUUGCCUCUUUUAAAUUUGAAUCUGAGUAUGUCUACACAGACAGCCUAUUUUACAUGGAUCAUAAAUCAGCAAAAAAGUUACUUGCUUUUUAUGAAAAAAUAGGCACACUGAACUGUGAAAUAGAUGCCUAUGGAGACUUUCUGCAGGCUUUGGGUCCUGGAGCAACCGUGGAGUAUACCAGAAACACAUCAAAUGUCACUAAAGAAGAGACAGAGUUGGUAGACAUGAGGCAGAGAAUAUUUCAUCUUCUUAAAGGGACACCACUAAAUGUUGUUGUUCUUAAUAAUUCCAAAUUUUAUCACAUUGGCACAACUGAAGAAUAUUUGUGUCACUUUACUUCAGCUAGCAGUUUGAAGUCAGAGCUUGGCUUACAGUCCAUAGCUUUUAGCAUCUCACCAGCAAUACCAGAAUGCUUUGGUACCACACCCUGUAUCAUUCAAAGUAUAUUGGAUUCAAGAUGUUCUGUGUCACCUGGCUCAGUUGUGGAGUACUCCAGAUUGGGGCCUGAUGUUUCAGUUGGGGAAAACUGCAUUAUUAGUGGUUCUUCUAUCAUAACAACAGCUGUCCUGCCUGCAUAUUCUUUUGUGUGUUCCUUAAGCUUAAAGAUGAAUGGACACUUAAAGUAUUCAACUAUGGCAUUUGGAGUGCAAGACAACUUGAAAAGGAAUGUUAAAAUAUUGUCAGAUAUAAAGUCACUUCAAUUCUUUGGUAUCUGUUUCCUGUCAUGCUUAGAUAUUUGGAAUCUGAAAGUUACAGAGGAGCUCUUCUCUGGAAACAAGACAUGUUUGAGUUUGUGGAAUGCUCGUAUUUUCCCAGUCUGUACUUCUUUGAAUGAUUCAGUUACAACAUCCAUAAAGAUGUUAAAUGCUGUGCAAAGCAAGUCAGCAUUCAGCCUGAAUGACUAUAAGCUGUUGUCCAUUGAAGAAAUGCUUGCCUACAAAGAUGUAGAAGACAUGAUAACCUAUAGGGAGAAAAUUUUUCUAGAAAUUACUUUGAAUAGAAAACUCUGA